AUGGAUGGACGCAAUCGGAACUUUUCCAGUGACUUUACCCUCGUGGGGCUCUUCACUCACACCAGAGCCUCGGGAUUCCUUUUUGGUGUCAUUUGUGUCAUCUUCUUUGUGGCUAUGACGGCCAACGGGGUCAUGAUCUUCCUGAUCCACUCAGACCCGCGCCUCCACACGCCCAUGUACUUCCUGCUCAGCCACCUCUCUGCCAUCGACAUGCUGUACAUCUCCACCAUCGUGCCCAAGGUGCUGGUCGACCAUCUCACGGGCCAGCAGGCAAUCUCCUUUGCUGCCUGCACGGCCCAGCACUUUCUGUACAUGGGCUUCGUGGGGGCAGAGUUCUUCCUGCUGGGGCUCAUGGCCUACGACCGCUAUGUGGCCAUCUGCAACCCCCUCCGCUAUCCCGUCCUCAUGAGCCGGCGGGUCUGCUGGCUGAUCUUGGCCAGCUCUUGGGGGGGAGGUGCUCUGGACAGCUUCCUCCUCACCCCCAUCACCAUGAGCCUGCCGUUCUGCGCCUCCCACCAGAUCAACCACUUCUUCUGCGAGGCGCCCACCAUGCUGCGGCUGGCCUGUGGCGACAAAGCCGCCUACGAGACGGUGAUGUAUAUCUGCUGUGUCACGAUGCUGCUGAUCCCCUUCUCUGUGGUGACCGCGUCCUACACCCGGAUUCUCCUCACGGUGCGGCGGAUGAAGUCAGUGGAAGGGAAGAAGAAGGCCUUUGCCACCUGCUCGUCACACAUGACGGUGGUGACCUUGUUCUACGGGGCUGCCUUAUACACAUACAUGCUUCCCCAGUCCUACCACACCCCGCUCAAAGACAAGGUGUUCUCUGCCUUCUACACCAUCCUCACCCCUUUGUUAAACCCUCUCAUCUACAGUCUGAGGAACAGGGAUGUGACAGGGGCCGUGAAGAGGCUGUUGGGUCUCAGCCUUCUGCUGAAUGGAAUUGGCCACUCUGGAACCCUGGGGCAGGGCAGCCUUCCUGAGCCUCUCCACCUGGAGAGUCCCAUUCCCUCAGCCUUCUCAGACUGGCUCGUAGACUACUACGUGCUGGGAACUGCAACUGGAGUUCCAACCCAGAAGACGGUGAGGCCUCCUGCAGCCGCUCACAGCUGUGCGGAGACGCGCUCCCGCCUGCGCUGCCCACCUCCCCGCCGGCCCGGGAGCCUGCUCAGCCUGGGCCAGGCCCGGGAAAGCCCUGGGGGCCUUGGCUCCCUGCGCUGGAGCCCUCGGCGAGCUGUAACUCGUGCCCGCGGACAGACUGGAGCGCGGAGCGGCCGGAGGGAGGUGGCCCUGUCUGCGCGGCCGGAGCCUUGGCGGUCCAGUCUAAAUAUUUCCAUGGCUUUUCACAUUCAUCCUACAUUUCUUUGUGAGGAAGAACAGCUUAAGGAAAUUUCUGAUAAAAUGCUCAGCAGCAGAAACUGUCCUCGAAGUCCCUGUGGCUUGAAGGUGCACUGGCCCGCCUCGGCAGCGGCAGUGCAGGCCUCAUUAGCUGUGACAAGGCUCCCAGUUAAGUCGCCUGAGGCCCGCAGGGAGCAGACCUGCUCUGUCCUGGCCUUCUCAGAACACUAUUUACACUCCCUUUCUGGCUCCAGGCACUCCCUGCCCAGCCAGGGAUCUCAGAGGACCCGGGAGAAUCCCGCCUUCGUCCUGGCGUGCGGCUCCCAGCCUGCUUGGUUUUCUGGACUCCUGUCUGUGUGUGCUCAUGUCUCCCCAUGA